AUCGUGGGCGGCAUCGACACGCUGGAGCUGCCCGGCGCCGCCGUGGGGGAGAUGGGAUUUAAUGAUGAUCCUGGCCCAUCUCAUCAACCCGGUCUUGAGAAGAUGAACCUAAAAGAAGAGAUAGUGGUGAAAGUGGUAGAGCCGGAGGAAAGCUCUGAGGACAUGGCAGUAGUCCCACCUAGCCAGGAGCAGCUGCCUUAUCUGGGGACAUCAGGUGGCGCUUCCUCAGGGAAGGUAAAAGCGAAAUCAAAAGGCAGAUCCCAGGCAGACCAAAACGGAAUAACUGAAGCGGACCUAGUGCAGAUUCAGCAGACCCAGAUGCAGGUGAUCCAGUCUGGCUUUGACAGUGUCAACCACAAUCUUCAGCUGCUGCAGCAAGGCAUGCAGGAUCUGAGUAACAGCCUCAGCAUCAUGGCGCAUACGCUUGUUGCUAUCAAAAACGUCUAUGUGAAAAAUAACACUGGCCCAACUACAUACAGCACCACCUCUACUCAGACCACAGCCGGGUACCUGAGCCCGGGUUCUCCCCAGGUUUCCCCUGCUGAGGACAGAGGCCGGGUGCAGAUGGCUGGGAGCAGCAGCAGGAGCAGCAGCUGCAGUUCCAGCUCUACAUCCCAGGAACCAGGUCCUUCAGAGUUUCCCAGGCCCCCCCUGAGAACCAUUAAGAAAGAACAUCCAAACGGCUGCUACUACUUCUGCUUUGCAGACAUGUAAAACUUGAAUAUAUGUACAGUGACUGUGGUGUUAGGUGCUGUUGUUUGUUCUGCUCCAGCCUGUGACUUGAAGGAGCAAAGUGGACUUGCCCCCCGCAUUUUUUCCCAGUGGGAAAUGUUUCUCUAUAGGAGGUGGCAUUAAACACUAAAUACCAGUUCUGUUUGUUAACUCAGUUUCAGCUGGCUAAUGUUUUUCUGCUGUUCUCUUUAUCCUCUUACUCUCUUAAAAACAGAUUUAUUUUGACUAAAACUCUUGUCUGUAUUAUCCUUUGUUUAAUGUGACCUUUUGGAAAAUAAAAGGCAUGAGAUUUGGGUGAAAAAGUAACGUUAUGGUUACUGAUUAGCAGGAGCUGUCUUACAUGAGUUGCUUAGUUUUGUCUUUUUUUUUUUUUAAUUAAACAAAUGGCAAAAUGAGCUGGUGUUUUUAAGUAGUUGUUUUUUCUAAUACUUAUAAAUGUUUGCUUGUUUGCUGUUGGUUUGAGGUUUUGUUUUUCUGAGUCUCAGCUGUGCAAGGAAAGUACGGCAGGAAGGGUUGGAUACACCUGCUUCCCUGAGGGAUGGUUUUUGGAUUGAGUUCUUGAUGAAUGUGCUUCUCCAAAUUCAUACAGCAUUGCUCCAUUUGGCUGCUGUUCAUUCCCAGCUUGCCAAAUGCACCUUCUCAGAGGCAUUUUGUUUUACUUCACUAGCAAAGCAGGCUAUUUCUUGUGAUAUUAUUAAAAUAGAGACAUAAAGCAAAAACAGUAACUGAUGAGUGAUGCCUGGCUUUGACAUGGAAUAACGUUUCUUAUUGUGGCUUAUAAGCAGGCUCUUCUGAUUUUGCAAGCUUUCUGGAAUUGGUAUCACAUCACUUGAAAUACAAAGAACAAAAAAUGUUUCAGCAUUGUUUUACAUUUAGACUCGCUGUUAAAUAAAUUACAGGAGACAGAGGCUGAUUCUGGAUAGAAAAAUGGUCUUGCAUAGCUCAUGAAGAGAUGCUCUUAUCUUUACCUUUCAGAGAGAUUAGUAAAA